AUGGCACGAAGCGCCAUUACCGUGCCCGACAUACAGACGGCCGAGGCCAUGUCGCCCCGGUCGCUGAACGUAGUCGUGGCGUCGACUGGAUGUACCGAUGCUAAUAUCAUCAACAAACUAUUACCCCAACUCGCGUCGCUACCCGAGUGUUCUGUCAGAGCCGUACUGGAUCCCGGCUCGCACGGUGCCGACCUCAUCGCCGCUUCUAGCAGCUGCCUCGCCAUCCCAAAUGUAUCGCGCGUUCAGAUGAAGUCGACCGGAGAUGUGAUCGACAUCGAGAAAGAGGCAUUCGACUUGUGUCAAUGGGCUGACCUGCUGGUUCUGGCUCCCAUCGACGCCAACAACCUGGCCAAGAUGCUGCACGGAGACACGGACAACCUGGUACUCGAGAUCUUGCGAAGCUGGAAUGUGUCCAAGAAGAUCGUUAUGGUGCCUGGCAUGUCGAGUCUGAUGUGGGAAAACCCCAUGACGAAAAAGCAGCUCACAAAAAUAAAGAGGAAAUGGAAUUGGAUACAAGUCUUGCAGCCGUUGCUGUGGACGUUUGAGAAUGACAAGAAGAAGGUGACGUGUUGGGAUGCCUUGGAUGAGGUUGUCGACACGGCACGCAACCAGGUCGACUUGAUGAACAUUGGCCAUGGUGUGCAUGUCACACCUAAUGCUUCUUCAUCCUUCAAGACUAGCUCCAAGAAGUCGCGUACUGUCUUGCCACCAGAGUUGUGGUCUAUGAUCAUCGACGCCACCAACGAUUGGGAGCUUGCCAAAACACUACAUAUCUAUACCAACCUUGAGCCGCCUGCUGAAUGGCAACAGCACGCGAGUCCUAGGGGUCCUACAACAUACCACGAGCAGCUCGAGUGGACGCUGUUGACCGGCAACUUGUCCGACGUCAAGAAAUUCAUCGCGGACAACUCUGUACCACGCUGGCUAUCUCGCCUCUGCAUCAAGGUCAUCAUGCGUUUCAGCAUGACCUCCGUUCUCUCCUACCUUGAAUCUCACCACAAAGAUCUCUUCUGGUCCACUUUUGACGGCACCUUCUUGCCCGAUAAAGCUUCCUCCGUUUUUGGCCGUGUCGAAAUUCUAGAAUAUUGGAACACUUCAGCCUGGUUCCUAAACAAANAGUACACAGCCGAAACUUUAGAUGGCGCAUCACGACAAGGCUUCAUCGACGUCCUAGACUGGUGGCAGAGAUCAGGCCUCACGUUGAUCUUCACCGAAGCCGCCCUUGAACAAGCCAGUUCAGCUGGCCACAUCGCCGUCCUGGAAUGGUGGCGCGAGAUUUCCCAACGUCACCACCACGCCUCUAGUCCUAACGACGAUACCAAGCCCAUCCGUCUGAAGCCCGGCAAGUCAAUCUGCUAUGCCUCACAGUCUGGAAAGGCAGACGUGGUGCGAUGGUGGGUAAACUCAGGCAUCCCUUUCCCUCAUGAGGACUCAGUCGCCAAACUCGCAAGCACUCAUGGACAUGUAGAGGUAUUGAAGGUCUGGCACGCCGUCAAGGGCUCUAAAAUGAUCUUUGACAACCAAGUCCUGGUCGGCGCCACAAAGAUGGGACAUGUCAGUGUUCUCGAAUGGUGGAAGCAGAGUGGCUUGCGGGUCGAGUACAAGACCUGCGAUGUCGAAGAGGCGCUCGAAGAUGGCGUCGAAGGCAGAAAAGGCAUGGAAGUCAGGCGAUGGUGGGCACGCAAUGGCUUGAACCUUGGUGUUGGCACUUCCGAGUGGAUGAAGCCAAAAGUACUUUGA